CUUGACUCGGUCACUUCCGCCACAUCGCAGAUGCAAGAAAGAGGAUGUAGACAUCUUCGUUGUCUUCAAGAAACAAAGAAAAGGCUUCUUCAAUCCAGUAUUUAUAGGCGCUGCUAACGCUAUGCUAUUUUAAGUAUAUCCUUGCACCUCGUCCGCCUCCCAAAAAUAAGAGACUGAAUAUUCAGAGCAAUAAUAUUGUCGUCUCUCUUGUUUUCCCGAUCAUACCCAUAGAAAGACUAUUAUUUAUAUUUUUAUUUUUUUGAAUUUCGUUUUUGAGAAGUUUUCUCUUGUUUGCAAGAAUUCUGACUCUCUGGCGCUCUGCUCUGACUUCGUGAAUUUCUUGAAGCAAGUAGUUACACAAAAUAGUUUGUUUUUAACAAGUACUACUGUUUGUAUUUAACAAGUUAGUAGUGCUCAAAUUUUUCAAGUUCAAGAACUACUUUCUUGAACAAAGAAAAUGGUGUAUGGAAAGACGGCGACCGGUCUGCAAUGCAGCUGGGGGUCUCAGCUUGACACCAACGUACCAAGAGCAAAAAUUAUGGCUGAACAGCAACAGAUUAUAUACUUCCCCUUUCUCUGAGGUGUGCUGCAAAUCUAGAUUCAUUGGCUUCUUCCUUUGCAUAAGGUUGAGGCUUAGGCCCAGCGGCGCUCAAAGCACUAAAUAAAACAGCCGGUUAGUUUUUACCUCUAGAGUUUAGCUCUUCCAACAAUAUCCUUCUCCUUCUACAUUGGAAAAAACCGCCAACCAACUAACUACAAUUACAUCGGACCAAGAAUUUAUCAUUAUCUAUCUUCCUCUGGUCUUUCUUUUUUCUACUUAGGUCAGCUGGCUCCACCACAAUUAUCAGGAAGUGUUACAACUUCAACAAGAAUGCAUAGUGUUUGGAGAAGUAAGGACUGAUGUAAACGAAACUACUUGUUCGACCGCUUCUAAAUAGAUGCCGAAGUGCGCGCUUCCACCUGACGUUAGGGCAAAGAUGGGACUUGCCAAGGAUUCCCGAGAAGAGGCACCUGCAACGAAAAAAUAUUUUACGAGCGGUAAUCAUGAUAAUGAUAAUAUCAAUUUAGAGGAAGUACUCGUCCAUCUUCUUCUAGUAGUUCUGCUCUCUCAACAUAUUUUUUUACAAGUGGUAUUCGUAUUUGUGUGUGGUGAUAGUUGUAGAAGAUGACGUCGCGCCUAGAGUAACCUGUAUAGCAGUUGUACGACUACUUACAAUAUCUCCCUUUGAAAUAAUAAUAGGUUUCGGCGUUCAAGAGAAAAAAGGUGAACAAACUGCGACUUAUAGUGCCGGGAAUCAGAAGCAUUUUCUAAAGCGACGCUCGGGUACUACUUGUGUGUCCUGCACCUUGUUGUUGGACGAGUAUACUACAAGACACUACAACCCGUUAUCUCUGAUUGGGUAUCUUUCUAUAUCAAUCAAUCAGUCAAUCAGUUUGCCUCCACAGGGCGCCUUUUUUUUUUGUAGUCCAAAACGCCGAAAGGGUGAUCCCAGUGUUGUCCGGUGUACCUGCCCCGCAGCUGCGAACUCCUUACUCAGUCCUUUCUAUAUCUUUCCUUAUUCAAUCUUGUUCAUCUUCACUUCUCUCCACUAGUGCCUUCAUGUCCAUCUAUCAGGCGUAGCCCUCUCGGAGCGUACACGGGUUAACGGUGCCUACUCCAUGGCGGGAGACGCGUUAGUGACCUCAACGGGCCGCAGCGUCAGUCAUAAAAUUUAAGAUUUUAUCCAUGAUCUUCACUAUCUUCAAUUUACCUUAACUCAUUAGAGCGUCACCGUGGUACUCUUCAAGUAGUUUAUUCUACCUUCAUCUGUCGUAUAACUUCUACCCAAAAAUGUUACAAAUAACACUAUGAGUAUGAAUAUAUUACAAUACACCAGCACAUAAAUAUAAAAAUAUUUAGGAGGUACAAAAUUUAAAUUAGCACUUGUUCAGGAACCCACUCUAAAAAAUCUUCAAGUAGUCCCCCGAGGGAUGCAGACCGUGCGAUUGUCGUUGGCAGCAGUUCGCAGUGCUAGUUUUCAGUGGAUGCUUGCACAUUUUUGAAGAACACGGAGUGUGAUGCUUUUUUUUCCUGCAAAUCAACGAGGGAUUUUUAGUUCAACCAUGACAUGAUAAUGAACGACGAUUUUGCAGCAUGAUAUCAUAUCGAGGAUAUUUUGAAGGUAGAGGUAGACAACGUAAGCAAUGAGUUAUAAUCGUGAGUGAUGUGCUACAACUGCUUCUGCUACUAUGUAGCAAAAAAUAUGAAAAUCUUGUUAUCAGAGUGAUGAAAUGCAAGCCUUAGAUUAUCUCCAUCAACCCUUUCCUUUAUGUCAACAAUCAACAUAACUACAUUGUGACGACAGUCUCCCAUUUUGAUGCUCUCAUUGAAAAAUUAGCUCGUAGUUUCAGAUUGAUUGAUACAGCGUUCCCGUGCGUCGAAAUUAAAAUUUAAAUUAUAGUCUAUGAAAAAGUACAGGUUUGCAGCUUAUUACCGCGUGGUAAGAUGAACUUUUCUUGCAUAGUAUGUCCGCACUUCUUCAUUUUUAUUUAGGUCAGAUCCAACACUGAGGAGGGCGAUCCGUGCAUCAUACUAAUGGGAUCGAGGAGGUAGAGUAGUGCUAAUCAGCUGAACUUUUAUUUGCUAUGAUGUUGACAUCAAUGGGAAGGGAAAAUCAAUCUAACAAUCAUCCACAGAGGAGGUUAGAGGUGACGCAAUGAAUUAUGUUAGAGGUACUAACGAUCUAAACUACUUCUUCAUCGACUGACAUCAUCUUCAUCAAUCAACACGUUACUGAGAGUACUUUUUACGUACUUUAUUUGAAAGCAAAUUUAAUUUUUCAAUGAAUAUCUGGACCUAAACAAAGAGUCGUGGUCGUCCAGACCGAAAGAGUUUGUAUGCAGCUAAGAAUGCAUCAAUCAGGAGUAGUGAAGGAUGCUACGGAUAAGACAUUCACAUUGCAAAUGCAACUUAUACUGGUAGUCCGCCAUUGAUUCUAUCUUCUGUUGAAACCCAUUACUCAUUAUCCUUCUUUUGAACAGAUGCCCUCUGUAUUUCUCUUCCGAGAUUGGAGCAGGUACUAGUUUCAUGAAUGAAAAAGUGAAGUCAGCUUAGUAGUUGUCACUUCUGAUAAACGCCUUCAGAAAUAAGUCAUUUUCAUUUUGUUCAGUCAUUACCUGUGUAAAAAGAUGUCUUUUCCAUCUUCUGAAUCUCGCAUAUGCAGAGCUCUAGAUAAAAAACCAUAACGAGCUAUCAGUAUGAGACAAGCUGUUGACCAAAACUGGUUCUAUGAUCCGCUUUCACUCAACGACUACAACGAACUAUGACAUUUUUACAGAAUUCUUUUACUAGAUUUUCACGAGGACGCUUAUAGCUGAACAACAAAAGGGCCAUUCGCGAGCAGGACAAGUGGAGCUGCGUCGCACAGCGCGACAACCUUUUCUUAUGCUCCUACGCCUACCUACUGACGCUGACCUACUCUUACGAGGACUGAGAUGAUGUCUGUUAGGCUCUUCAGUAGCCGCUAAAGUCUGCCACAUCGGAUGGUAGGCCCCAACCUAACCUAACCUA